CUAAUAAAACCCCACCUUCACCUACCCAAAAAUUCAAACCAUAUUCAUUUUCCUACUUUUCUUCUCCCCAAAAUUCAACAAACCCUAGUUAGAUGUUAGACUGAUUUGAGGAUCAACUCUGUAAAACUCUAAACCUUUAGUACUAUUUGUUUCUCCAAAUUAAGAGUGAUUGUCAAAGUACAGUAAGAAAAAUCAAAUUUCAGGGUUUAAUUGACCUGGGCAUUUAAUGGCAGCAGUGUACAAAUGUUCUGUUCCUAUUUCUUCUUCUCCUUGUGUUUCAAGACCAUUGAAGAAUAAUGCUUUUCAGAUUCGAAAUUGCUUCAUUAAUUCUAGCAAAAUUAGGCACAGAAGCUUAAUUUGUAAUGCCACAAAAUUACCUAGUAUUGUGAAGGAGAAAUCAAUUUCAUCGGUAGCAUCUUUCUCUGAGUUGAUUGAAUCUUUGAUAAGAAGGGAGGACUUAUCAGAAGAAGAAGCAGAAACUUCACUUGAAUUUUUGUUGAAUGAAGCUAAUGAAACAUUGAUUAGUGCUUUUCUUGUUUUACUAAGAGCUAAAGGGGAGACUUUUGAAGAAAUUGUGGGUUUGGCAAGGGCUAUGAUAGCAUGUUGUAAGAAAGUUGAAGGAUUGGAUGGUGUAGUUGAUAUUGUUGGAACCGGUGGUGAUGGGGCAAAUACUGUGAACAUCUCAACAGGGGCUUCAAUUCUCGCUGCAGCCGCCGGUGCAAAAGUUGCAAAGCAAGGAAACCGUUCAAGUUCUUCUGCUUGCGGAAGUGCUGAUGUGUUAGAAAAAUUAGGAGUUAUUAUUGACCUAGAACCUGAGGGUAUAAAGAGAUGUGUUCAAGAAGCAGGCAUAGGUUUCAUGAUGUCACCGAUAUAUCAUCCAGCGAUGAAAAUCGUUGGUCCCGUGAGGAAAAAACUUAAAGUGAGGACAGUGUUUAAUAUCCUAGGUCCUAUGCUGAAUCCUGCACGAGCAUCAUAUGCGGUCGUUGGUGUAUACAAGGAAGAUUUGGUUGAGAAAAUGGCUAAAGCGUUGCAAAGAUUUGGUAUGAAAAGAGCGCUGGUUGUGCAUUCAGAAGGUUUAGAUGAAAUGAGUCCCCUUGGACCUGGUCUCGUCCUUGAUGUUACUCCUGAAAGGAUUGAGAAGUUUGUUUUUGAUCCAUUGGAUUUUGGAAUGCCUCGAUGUACUCUUGAAGGCUUGCGAGGGGGAGACCCAGAGCUCAAUGCAAAUGCACUAAGGAACAUAUUGUCUGGUGAGAAAGGACAUGCGUCAAAUGCAUUUGUCCUAAAUGCAGCAGCGGCACUCUUAGUGAGUGGGCAUGUGAGCACUCUAGGUGAAGGAGUAUCUCUGGCUCGCGAAACCCAAGAAUCAGGCAAAGCUAUCCAAACGCUUGAAUCUUGGAUCAGCAUCUCCAAGAAAAUAAAACAUGGAGCCACACCUGUAGCUGUCUGAAUUUCAACUGGAUCUGUCUUGGUGUUUGAACAAGUUUCCUCAUCAAUUUUACCAAGGAAGUCGCACUUUAUUUUUCUUAUUCCUUUACUCUCUCUUCGUCUGCAAAUUUUGUACACAGCCCUUUUCAUUUUAUGCCGACAUGCAUACCAAGCAUUUGUAUUACCUGCCCAAAUAUGCAGUGAAAACAUUUGUGUUACAUGCCAAAUAAUUAGUAGUUCCCCGAGUGGAUAAUUAUCUAAAAUAAAUAUAGAAAAGUCUAUGCAGCAAAGAAUUGAAAACA